AUGGAGACUUCCGCGAAACAAUCGACCUCAAUACCCUCCUCCAACCCUCCUAGUGUGGAGGUUGCCUACAAACGCAAAUGCAUCGCUCUCAAAAAGCGCCUAAGUGAGAUCGAAAGUGAAAAUGAACUCAUGCGUCUGCGCAACCGACGUGGUUGGCAAUAUAUUCAGAAAAUGCGGUUGGAGUCUUGUAUCCUGCUUGAACGUCUCGCCAAGGUCACCGGGAUGGCCGAAGAGGCUCAAGCAGGUGUCAAUCCCGAAUUGCGCGCUCGUGCAGCGGCUAUGAUGUCUAACAUCUCGACCUUGAAUGGGUCUGGUGCUGGGACUGACGAGCCUGGUAAGAACGCUGCAUUUUACGAGGAUGAAACUGAAGGGAGCUCAGAUGAGCAACCACCUACAGAGCGGCCCCUUCGUGUGAAACGAUCCCGAAAGUCGAAUAUCAACGUCGAACCCGGACAAGAAGAUGACGCAGCAUCUACAAUUAAUGCCCCUGAUGCCCCUGGUGCUGGUUCCUCAUCUUUACCCCGUCUAGCCCCAGCUCCUUCACAAAACGAACUGACGUCCUCCUUCCGUAUCCAACACGGAAGCAACGGCUCUGCAAAUGAUAAAGAGAAUAAUGAUUCCAAUGCCAGUGAUCGUGGGAGCAACAAUCCAGAGUCUGCACCAAUGGAAAUGGCUGCAGAUCCUGCUGCAGAAAAAUCUACUACUCCAAUGGAUAUGGAUAUGAAGGAGCCCAAAGAGGAGAGUCAGGCAUGA